AUGGCAGAUUUGGGAGGACAUAUGAUGGAAGCAGUUCCACAGAAAGAUAAGCAAGACAACUUGUUAUUACGUCGUAAUAAUUUUAGAAGUGCAUGCAAGGCACCAAACGUAUCAACAGUAGGCCAAAAAAAUUUAAUGAAUAAAAAAGCAAAUAUUCAUGCAUUGCCGAAAAUUGGGCAUUGUGCAAAAUCAGGAUGUUCUAAAAUGGGAGAUGAUCAUUCGAUAAAGGCAGCAGCAAAUUGUAAGCUGCCUAAUGAUCAUACAUUUUUUGGAACUAUCCACGUCAAAACAUCGGCUACUAUGCUUACUAUUAUUUAUAUGAUUUUGGUGGGUGUCGCAGGUUUGACAGCUAGCACAGCUAUGUCAGAUUCGCCUUCAUUCGCAUUAACAUGCGCAGCAUUACUUUUGAUCGUACUAUUGGCGCAAUUUGGAAUUUGGAAGGAAGCAUCAAUCUUCUUAUUACCAAUCAUUGUAAUUUUGGGUGCUGCAGUAUUUCUUUCGUCUGCUGUUACAGUCUUUGUAGAAUUUUAUUGCAUGCUUAACACAAAGUGUACAUCAAUGUGCAGAUAUCCACAACCAUAUUAUUCUACAGAUUAUUGCAAUAAUUACAGGUCGACUGCUGUUGCUAGUAAUGGGGAGUACAGUGUUUGCGAUAUUACACUGCUACUGUGUUCUGAUUAUGUCACACUGCUGGAAAAUGACAAAUUGCAACAAGUGUGGUUCAUUGAAACUACUGACGAUGAAGCCGAUGAAGAUAUUUUGAUUCAGAAUGUGCCAAAUGAUGCCAGAUUCAGUUACAUGAUAUCAUAA